GUCAAGUACAAGAUGGAUGGAAUCAUGACUGCCACACGCUUAACGGAAUUCUAAAAUAGUCUUUUUUUAGGUGCUCCGCGGGAACUAAAGUAAAUCGAAAGGGUGAGUUAAAGCAUGAGACCACUUAGGUUGCAUAUAGCUGCUACUACUUGAGUUAUCCUAUCUGUUUAUGUUUGGGAAAAGCGUCCUUUCCUGACGUAACGCUGAGCCGAGAUGGAGAGCCUGGUGCACUACAUAAACCCCGCCCAUGCCAUCUCCCUGCUGGGCGUGCUCAACGAGCAGCGUCUGAAAGGUCAGCUCUGUGACGUCAUCCUGGUGGUCGGGGACCAGAAGUACCAGGCUCACAGGAGCAUCCUGGCCGCCAGCAGCGAGUACUUCCACUCCCUGUUCGCCCGGCGGGAGUGCGGGGCCCAGACCGCCGUCCAGCUGGACUUCUGCGAACCGGACGCCUUCGAGAACGUGCUGAACUACAUAUACUCCUCGUCGCUGUUCGUGGACCGGGGCAGCCUGGCGGCCAUACAGGAGCUGGGCUACAGCUUGGGGAUCCCGUUCCUGACCAACAUAAUGUCGACCAAGCCCCAGGUCUCGUACAGCGUCUCCAGGAAGAGGAUGUCCUUCUCGGAGGAGGAGGAGGACAACGGCUGCCAGCAGAGGAGCGUCAUCGUGCGCCAGAGCCGCGGCGAUCCGCCGAGCGCCGGCUCGUCCCAUCACAGAGGCCUCAAUCCGCUCGGGAAGGCGGCGUCGAAACAGGCGACCCCCGCCGAGUCCAGAGACGUAACGUCCGCCAGGGCCGUGGGCAAGCCCUCCCAGUGCGCGGGACAGGAGGAGGCCGGCGCUACAUCGAGGAAAGCGACGGGCGUCCCCAGAAAGUCCGCGGAGCCCGAAGGUAAAUCUCAUCCGUCGGCUUCUCUGGCGAGGGAGAGGGCGGCUCUCAUGUCGUGCGGGCGACCGCAGCUGACCUCGUCGGUUUCCUUCAGCGAGUCUCAGAUACAGCACAGCCGGCUGCAGCCGGACGCCGUGGGCAUCCGGGACGAGCCGCGCGCCCCCUCGUACGGUCCCAAGCAGGCCUCCUCGGGUCACGCCAACGAGGCCAGCCAGGCCAUCGACCGCAGCGGCCCGCUCAUAAAGAGCCUUCUGCGCAGAUCCCUCUCGAUGGACAGCCCCGUCCCGGUCUUCUCCCCGGCCCUGGAGCUCAAGACCCCGCAGAGUCGGGAGCAGUCCGUGGUUAAGAUGGCCGCCAGGAGCCCGGCUGACGCGGAGCCAGCGGUGCACAAGGCUCCCAAGUCGAACGCCGUCCCGCCGUUGGUCCUGAAGUCCCGGCACUGCAACCGGUACGAGGAGGAGGAGGAGGACGCGCACGCGGCCGAGGUCCACGUGAAGACGGAGCCCAGCAGCCCGCUCGCCGAUCCGUCCGACAUCAUCCGCAUCACCGUCGGCGACAACCUGCCCGUGAACUUCAGGGACUUUCAAAUUAACUUCGACGAGGGGCCCAGGGGGUUUUUCAAACAUUCGGGAAAGAGGAAGGCGAGGCUGGACAGCAGGAGGAACCCAGGGAAGAGGUCAAGGGGCGUCGCGAGCGAAGUGGACGAGGUUGUAACCGAGGACAACCGGCUUACCGCCGCGCCUCACGGUUUAGACAAGGAGGACAAUGAAGGGGCGGGAGAAUCCAGGCAGAGCAGGAUGUUCAAAUGCUGGAACUGCCUGAAGGUUUUCCGGUCCAACGCAGGCCUGUAUCGCCACGUGAACAUGUACCACAACCCGGAGAAGCCCUACUCCUGCGACAUCUGCCACAAGCGGUUCCACACGAACUUCAAAGUCUGGACGCACUGCCAGACCCAGCACGGGGUGGUCCAGAACCCGGCCCCGUCCUCCAGCUCCUACACCGUCCUGGACGAGAAGUUUCAGAGGAAGCUGAUCGACAUCGUGCGCGAGAGGGAGAUCAAGAAGGCCCUGAUCAUGAAGCUCAGGCGAAACAAGCAGGGAGGCCUGCAGUCGCAGCCUUUUGGCAAGAGGAGCCUGAGGAGGUCCAGGAGCUACAUGUGUCCUUACUGCGGGAAGCUGUUCUGGUUCCAGUCUCAGUACAGGCAGCACCUGAAGAUGCACAACGGCGAGAAGUCCGACCAGGAGGCGCAAAGGGAGGAGGAUGAACUCCUCCAAAUGCAGGAGCGGACGGCUCACCUGAAAGAAAACAAAGGCAAGGACGUCUACCCCUGCCGACUCUGCAACGAGAAGCUGACCUCGCUGGUGGAGCAGGGGAACCACGAGAGGGGCUGCCGGCAUGCGACCGUGUGCCCCUACUGUGGCCUUCGGUUCUCCAGCCCGAUGGUCAAGAAGGAGCACGAGACCCACUGCGAGUACAAGAAGCUGACCUGCCUGGAGUGCAUGCGCACCUUCAAGUCCUCCUUCAGCAUCUGGCGCCACCAGGUGGAGGUGCACAACCAGAACAUGAUGACCGUGGAGGAGCAGAUGUCCCUGGGCCUCCAGGAGAACAACGGCGAGGUGUCCGACCACCUCCCUCCAAUGGGCUCGGGCCUGCAGUCCGCGAGUGCGGGGAGCUCCAAGGACGAGGUGGUCUACAGCGACUCUUCCGGGCCGGUCAUGUUCGACUCGGAGGACUCGUCCUUCAUGGCGGAAGACCUGAGCACCUCCCACCACCAGGGGGAGCUGAAGGUGAAGGAGGAGCCUCAGGAGGAGGCGGUGGACAACCGGGCGGGGCCAGUGUCGGCGGCGGCGGCGGCGGAGGCGGGGCCCGAGGAGCCCGGCGUGUGGCCGUGCGAGAAGUGCGGGAAGCUCUUCAGCACCCACAAGCAGCUGGAGCGUCAUCAGGAGCUGCUCUGCCACAUCAAGCCCUUCAUCUGCCACAUCUGCAACAAGGCCUUCCGGACUAACUUCCGCCUCUGGAGCCACUUCCAGUCCCACAUGGCCGCCCAGGAGGAGCCCCCCGGGUCCCGAGAGGGCGACGGGCGCCCCUCGUCCCCCUCGCCCUCCCCGCCCCCAGCUACGUCCGCGGCUCCCUGGCCCCCCGCGCCGCCCCGGGCGCCACACUCUCCCAAACCUGCGCAGCCGGGGCCGUCGGAGGCGGGGGCGGCACCGCCCGCCACCAAAUUCAAGAACCCAGAGCAGGAGAAGCCGGAAGGGGGCCCCCCGCCGAAGGCCGAUGCCGCCGCCGCCGCCGCCGCGGACAAGCCUCUGACCCCUCAGGAAUCGGACACUCUGUUCUACCACGCGCCCACCCUCUCCGCCCUGACCUUCAAGAGGCAAUACAUGUGCAAGCUCUGCCACAGGACCUUCAAGACCGCCUUCAGUCUCUGGAGCCACGAGCAGAGCCACACAAACCCAUAGCCUCGGUUUGCCGUUCGAAAGCGCUCAAACGUUCAUCCACGAAAGGUGGAUCUUCGAGAGUAUUCCUGCUGGCAAAACCUUUAAAAAUGAAACUUUUUUUUUUUUUUUAAGUUCAGUUUGUGAAUUGAUUUGUAUUAAUAUCCACCUGUCUGAACCAGGGUAAAUACAUCCAUUUAAUAAUAUUAGAUACCAUAUUUUAUACCCUGACUUUUUUUUUCUCAUGGAGUACAAGUCAUUUUUUAAAAAUUUACUGGAUUGUUCAUUCAAUUUUUUUUGCCAAAUAUGAUAGUUUUCAUUAAUUUCUAUUGAAAAAGAAGUUACCCAGCUGGCACAAAAUGCUAUUGAAAGUACUAUCGUAAAAUGUUGCAAUAUGGUUGUGUAAGGUCAUGGCAAAUAACAGUGUAACAACAUUUUUUUUUAAUCACCCCCAACAAACCACAACCCACAACAAACUACAAC